AUGACAAUUGUCAAUAAAUCUGUCCAUAAAGCAAACCAUAAUGCUUAUUUUGUCCUUAUUUUGUUUCUUUUCCAGGUGUCUCUGGAUUUCAGCAUCGGUUCUUUUCAUGUUGAGGUAAAAGAAUGGAAUGAAAAAGGAAUGUGGAGAUGGAAAUCCCAUCGGAGGCAGAAACGAGAAUGGAUUAAAUUUGCUGCUGCCUGUAGGGAAGGAGAAGAUAAUUCAAAAAGAAAUCCAAUUGCAAGAAUCCGAUCAGAUUGUGAAAAAACGCAGCCAAUUAUAUAUAAAAUAAGUGGAGUAGGCAUUGAUCAACAUCCUGUGGGAAUAUUUGUCAUCAACCAGAAGACUGGUGAAAUUAAUAUAACAAAAAUAGUAGAUCGAGAAGAAACUCCAAUGUUUGUGAUUCACUGUCAUGCAAUAAAUGUUAUGACUGGAAAAUCAAUAGAAACACCUCUUGAUCUUCGUGUUCGGGUUCUGGACAUAAAUGACAAUCCACCAAUAUUUACACAACACAUGUUCUCCGGAUCAAUAAUAGAAAGCAGCAUGGAGAAUACAUUUGUAAUGAAAAUAACUGCUACUGAUGCUGAUGAGCCAAAUAAUUUAAAUUCCAAAAUUGCUUACAAGAUUGAAAGCCAGAGUCCUGCAGGACCAUUAUUGUUUAUCUUGAACACAGAGAAUGGAGAACUUCAUAUUGCAAAAGCUCUUGAUAGAGAGGAACAAAGUCAAUAUACUCUGGUUGUCAAAGCCUCCGACAGAAAUGGAGGGCCAGAAGGAAUAUCAUCAGAAUGUUUGUGUCAGGUUAAAGUUCAGGAUGUGAAUGAUAAUUUUCCUACUCUUUCACAGAGCUCGUUUUCAGUAUCAAUUCUAGAAAAUUCACUGAGUCAGGAGCUGCUGAGGAUACAGGUAUUUGAUGCAGAUCAAGAAUUUACAGAUAACUGGUUUGCAGAAUUUUUCUUUAUCUCUGGAAAUGAAAACCACAACUUUGAGAUCACAAUAGACAGAACGACUAAUGAAGGUAUCCUGAGUGUUAUAAAGGAAAUUGAUUAUGAACAAUUUUCAACCAUAAACAUUAAUAUUGGCGUGCGAAAUGUUGCCCCUUUCCACUCUUCUGUGGCUUCUCUUUAUCAAUCUGUUGGAACCCCAAUUGUGGUACAGAUAACUAAUGUAGUUGAAGGACCAGCAUUUAGUCCAGCUACACUGACCAUCACUGCAUCUGAGAGCUUAACAAGCACAACUAUACUCACUUAUACUGUUGCAACAUUCCAAGCCAUUGAUCAGGACACUGGAAAAAUUGCUACAAAUAUUCGGUAUGAGAUAGGCCGUGAUCCUGCUGCCUGGUUUCAAAUCAAUCCUCAAACUGCUGUCAUCACUUUUAAGAGAACUAUUGAUCGAGAAUCAAUUUAUGUAGUUAAUGGGGUAUACACAGCAGAGGUGCUUGCUAUCACCAGAGACAGCCCUUACACAACAGCCACUGGUACUAUUAUGCUUACUAUUCAAGAUGUCAAUGAUAACUGUCCCAUUCUGACUGAUGAGAUCAGGAGAGUAUGUAUGGACAGUCCAAGCGUGGUGAUCACUGCUAAAGAUCCAGAUGAUUCUCCAUAUGGGCCACCCUUUACAUUUAGCAUUAUCGCUCAGCCUCAAGACAGCUGGUGGGCUAUCAAAACAUUAAAUGGUACUUCUGCAACUCUAUACACUGACAUCAUAGAUUUUGUAAUUUUUGAGGUCCAAGUCAAAGUGGUUGACAACAGUGGCAAAAGCUGUGAAAAGCAUGUGGUAAUUCCUCUGCAAGCCUGUGAAUGUGAUCAAAAUGGAAUGUGUGUCAAAAUGGCUACCAAGAGAGUUAGAAUUACAGUUAUUGGUGGUGGUGGAGCAGGUGGUGGAGGAGCAGGUGGUGGUGGUGCAGGUGGUGGAGGUGCAGGUGGUGGAGGAGCGGGUGGUGGAGGAGCGGGUGGCUGGGGAACAGGUAGUGGAGGAACAGGUGGUGGAGGAGCUGGUGGUGAAGGAGGGGAUGGCUGGGGAACAGGUAGUGGAGGAACAGGUGGUGGAGGAACAGGUGGCUGGGGAACAGGUGGAGGUGAUGGUGCAGGUGGCACUGGUAACGAACAUUCACAUAGUGGCACUAGUGGACAUGUGAUUGACGUAGGAGGAACAAGGCAAAAUUCAGGAGAUACGUCUCUUAGCGCUGCUGCCAUUGGCCUGAUGAUUCUUGGAGGAUUAAUAUUUGUGUUGGUACCAAUUCUGAUGUCACAGAGUGAUUGUUUUGGUUAUCUGGGAUCCAGAUCUGCUGGUGGAGUGGGAGCUGGAUUUGAGCCUGUGCCUGAAUGCACAGAAGGAGCUAUUCAUUCCUGGGGAAUUGAAGGAGCACAGCCUGAAGACCGGGAUGUGUCAAAUAUCUGUGCACCAGUAACUGCUGCAAGUAAAGGGGAGUUUGCAGACUCUUCAGAUAUCUACACAACUAAAUAUGGUGAUGGAGGAAUGGUGAGUUCAGGAAUUGAAGAAACAACAGGACUUGGAGCAACAAAAGGCUAUGGAACUGCACUUGGUUAUGGGACAACCACAGGCUAUGGGACAAUGGGACGGAAAGAUACAUUUGGAGGAAUAAAAGAAUACCGAGAAAGUGGUGUGAAUAUGGCUUUCCUAGACAGCUACUUCUCUGAGAAAGCAUUUGCCUAUGCUGAUGAAGAUGAAGGCAGACCUGCAAAUGACUGUCUCCUAAUAUAUGAUCAUGAGGGCAUAGGCACUCCUGUUGGUUCCAUUGGCUGUUGCAGUUUUAUUGGGGAUGAUCUGGACGAUUCCUACUUGGAUACCCUGGGUCCUAAAUUUAAGACCUUGGCGGAGAUCUGCUUAGGAAGAGAGAUUGAGCACUUCCCAGAUCUCAAUAUGCCUCUGCCCAAUCCUGAUAUUGAGAUAAAUUUGCCACCACCUGGAACCACGAUUGUUGUUAACACAUCUUCAUCUAUGCCUCAACCUACUCCUGUUGGUGGUAGCACGGUCGUUACAGAAAAUACUUACACCACCACUUCCAAUGUACAACCUCCAAGGCCAAUGCCUGAUCCUAUGCUCCAUGGUAAUGUAGUUGUAACAGAAACAUAUACUUCAGGCUCAACAAUGAAACCUCCUACACUUAAUGUUGAUCCUCUGAGUGGAUCAAAUGUUGUAGUCAGAGAAAGAGUGCUGGGUCCUGGCCCAGUCACUGAUUUGCAUGGUAUGAUAGAUAUUCCCGAUCUACCAGGUGGGUCGAAUGUUGUGGUCACAGAAAGAGUAAUUGCUCCUAAUUCAAGAUUACCAGCUUCUUUGAGCAUUCCUAAUCUGACAGAAGGGUCAAAUGUGGUUGUGACCGAAAGAGUGAUUCGACCUGCUGCUAGUGUACAUGGCAACAUGACCCUCCCUUCUGACCUAUCAAGUGCCCGUAAUGUGUUUGUAACCGAAAGAGUUCUGUCUGGAACAGGACCGAGUGGUGGCCCUGGGAAUCUAAGUAGUGGUCCUAAUUCAUUGUUGGCUUCUGAUAAUAUUCUUAGUCAGGCAAUUGGAACAGCUUCUCCUGGUUCAACUCGAAGAAGGGUAACGAAAUACAGCACUAUACAGUAUUCUAAUUAG